AUUCAAUUCAAUAGCCUUUGCAUUCGUUGUUGGUACUCUCUCUGUGUGUGUUUUCAAUCAAGCGAGCGGCGCGCGAACCUCAUCUUUUCUUUCCGCAUUGAUAUUGUAUGCUACCAACAAAAACACAUUUACACACUCUUGUGCCCUGCAAUAAAGCACAAGCUGCUGCGUUGCGUUUUGCGUUGCGUUGCCUCGUUUGUUUAUUUUUUACUAACUAAAAACAAACAGCCAACAACAAUAACAACAACAACCGCACAAAACACUUCUACAAAAACGAUUCGCGUUGCGUUGUGUUGCGUUACGUUCGCUGUUACGCUGUAAUUUGUCGUAAGAAUCGGAAACAUUAAACAAAAAAAAAAAACGAAAACGAAAAACAGAAAAAAUAAAGUUAUAUCGUGACUCCGUUUUGUUCCUUCGUACAUCAUCUGUAUGUACAAUAAUCAAUAGAACAACGUACAUACUACAACAUACAUAUACAUGCAUACAUAGAGAAUACAAAAAAUUAAAAGGAAAAACGAAUGCUAGUUGGAAACUCGCUUGCAACACUUAUUUUAUCCCCAUUGUGGUGUGUGUUUGUGUUUGCGUGUGUGUGAGUGUGUGUGCAGUGCAAGAAGCAGAACAGAGGAACAGAGAAACAUUUAACAAAGUUGAACUCUUCAACUACAACUGAUUGAAUCCCCUUCACCUUCUCCGCCGACACCACCACCCCUUCCAAUCCGCUAAAGGAGAUCAGAAAUCGGCUAAAACCAUGGAACACUUUCAUCAAAUACAGCAAACAAUUCAACACUAUCAGCAGCAACUGGCUGCGCAGCAACAACAACAAGCGGCUGCAGUACAACAGCAACAGUUGCAACAGCAUCAAGUAGUUGUCCAGCAGAAUCAACAGCAGGCGCAUCAAAAUAGCUCCAACACCACCGCCGGCGUUGGCCAACAGCUAUUCACAUACAAAAUGGCCAGCAGUUUCCCCAAUCCAGCCACGACAAUGGCCCAAGUUGUUGCCACCUCGAAUGCGGCAACCACCGGCUACGAUUACCGUCUAAAUAUGGCACAAGCCGCCGCCGCUGCAGCGGUGCCCGGCUCCCAAUGGUGGUAUUCGGCUGCCAAUCAGGGCCAAGUAGAUGCCAACACAGCUGCCCAAUUGCAGCAGCAGCAACAACAGCAACAGCAGCAGCAACAACAGCAGCAACAACAGCAACAGCAGCAGCAACAACAACAGCAGCAACAGAUGCAACAACAGCAACAGCAACAAAAUGUCAUCAACUCAGCCAGCCCAAUGGUCAGAGGAAAAGCUGAUGCGAAACCCAGAGGUCGAAUGACCGCCUACGCAUAUUUUGUACAAACUUGCAGAGAGGAGCACAAAAAGAAGCAUCCCGAUGAGACGGUGAUAUUCGCCGAAUUCUCGCGAAAAUGCGCUGAACGAUGGAAGACAAUGGUUGACAAGGAGAAGAAACGCUUCCACGAAAUGGCUGAAAAAGACAAGCAGCGAUACGAACAGGAAAUGCAAAACUAUGUGCCGCCCAAGGGUGCGGUUGUGGGUCGCGGGAAGAAAAGAAAACAAAUCAAGGACCCCAAUGCGCCUAAACGUUCAUUGUCUGCGUUCUUCUGGUUCUGCAAUGAUGAAAGAAAUAAGGUUAAGGCUCUUAAUCCCGAAUUCGGCGUUGGCGAUAUUGCCAAAGAGCUGGGCCGCAAAUGGUCGGACGUCGAUCCAGAGGUCAAGCAAAAGUACGAGUCGAUGGCAGAGCGUGACAAGGCACGAUAUGAACGGGAAAUGACCGAGUACAAGACAAGCGGGAAAAUUGCCAUGUCAGCACCCUCGAUGCAAGCGUCGCUGCAGGCGCAAGCACAAGCAGUGCAGAAAGCGGCGUUAUUAGCAGCUGCUGCCCAACAACAGCACCAGCAGCUGGAUGAGCAGCAUGAUGACGAUGAUGGUGACGGUGAUGAUGACGAGAAUCAAUAAGUUUAGCAGUAAAAUACUCUUCACUAUUUAUAACCUAUCGUUGGUCAUCACGAACACAAGAAGGAAUCAUAAUUGUUGGUUGAUCUAUUAUCAGGUUAACUAAUGUGUGUUGGAUAUAUAGAUAGAUAUAUGUAUAUGUAUAUGUAUAUAUAUAUGUGUGUGUGUAUGCAUGUAUAUAUAUGUAUAUAUGUAUGUAUAUUGAUAUAUACACGCGCGUAUAUAUAUUUAUAGAUAUAUAUAUAUAUAUGAAAUUAAUUAUAUUAAUUUUUUUUUUUAAUAAUAAGUAAUCAAAUUUCCAUGAAUUACUGAAGGAGAAAAUCACAAAGAAACCUUUUAUAAGUUUUAUUUUAAGAAUACUAUAAUAGUAAUAAGUAUAUGGUUAGAUUAAAAUGACAUUCAUCUGUCGGCAAAUCUUAUUUUUGUGCUUCAAUCAUAAGUUUCUCCUAAAACACUAAGAAAACGAAUUAUUUUAUAAAACAAAACAAACAAAAAAAGCAAAGAACGUAAAAAAGAUCGAGAUGAAAGUUGAAAGAGAUCGAUCCUCACAUCGUCAUGUCAUUCUCAGCAAAAGCAACAACAAAUAAGAAGAUGAAGAAGAAGAACAUCAACAAUGCUACCACACUUAACCUACGAAAAACAUAUGUGUAUAUAUGCAUACAUACAUAUUACGUAUAUUGGUACAUAUUUCCCAUUUAUUAAAGUUAGAUGAUUCACCAAUAAUGAAAAGAAAACCUAAAUAACGAUGCGUUUACUCAUUUGAGUUGCAAAAAAAAAAAAAAAACACUACUCAAUUGAAGCGUGAUAAUUUCAAAUACUUAACUCAGUGGCGGGUGAUAUCUCUCUACAUAAUUAUGUAUAUAUAUAAAUACAUGCAUACACACACACAAACACACAGACGUACAUAAAACUAUACAGUAACAUAUAUAUAUAUAUACAUAAUUGAAUAUGUAUUUAUCAUAUUAUUUCAGAAUACACAAAAGUAAUACUAAAUUAUCUCAAUCGAUAUACUGUCAGCAUUUAAACAUGAAUAACAAAAACAUCUUUUAAUCAAUAUCGUGAAAGUAAAUUAAAUAUACAAUUUAUAUAUACUAUAUUCUCAUCUGAUCCCCAUCAACAUAAUAAUUGCAUUCCCUGAGCCUGGGGAAGUUCCCAUUCGAAUUGGAUUUUUUUUUGUAUUAUAAUUUUUUUUUUUUUUUUUGUGGUAGGAAUUUCCUAAAAUAAAUUAAAUAGCUUUUGGCGUUUAAUUUAUGUAGUUUUCUCUGUGUAAAUACAUAAAACCAAAAUUGGAUGUUAGAUCGAUGCGAUAAUUCGCUCGGGUAGCCGGAAGAAGGGACGGAACCUAUUAGAUUACAGAUUCCCCAGAUGUAUUAUGAAUAUGAUGACAAUGUAUGUUUAGGCUGUUAAAAGAUAUUCGAGUACGCACUAUUAUAAAGAAGAAGAAGCAUGGAAAAACAAAAGAAAAAAGAAAUAGAACAUGAAAAACAAUAACGAGACGGACAUUGACGCACGCCUGUUGUGGUCUUGGCCAUGUACAUAUAACACAUAUAUUGAAGUAUUAUUAAAAUCGUAAACUAAUAAUAAGAGCUGAUUCGAAGCGAUCCUUCAGUAACGCCGCGAUAUUGUACACUGUACACUAGCAAAGUAUUUGCCGGUGCUUGAGAGGAUUGGAUUGGAUUGGAUUGGUGAUAUCCUUGAUCCUUUUGUGCAGACGGCCAGUUAACUCAGUGACAACCACACACUCAACACACAACAUAUGUACACUCACAUAUAUGUAUGUAUAUAUAUGUAUAUACGAUAUAGAGUAAAUCAUGCUUUUUUGAUAUUGAUUAUACGCGAAUGACAAAAGCUCUUGAUGAUGCAGGCUUACUUUGAUAUGUAUAUAUGUAUAUACGCAUAUACAUAUAUGUAUGUAUGUAUCAAGCGAGAUCUGGAAUAAUAUAAAUAUAAAACGAGAGACUUCCUAAUACCAUAUAAACUAGCGGGUACAUAUUAGAUAAAAUAUGGCGUGACACACAUACGAUAGAGAAAGUUACAUAGCGACAGGGUGAGAUGGAGAGAGACAGAGUGCAAGAGAGAAAGAGACGGGGUGAAUAACAUCGUAUGCAAAUUGAUUAUCGCCAUUAUAAAGGUCGAUGCUUUAUUAACAUAUACCGCACACCUGAUCGAUCGAUCGAUGGUCACGUUAUAUACCUCAAAUGUAUGUACAGAUAUUAUUUUCAUAAUACUUUUUUUGAAUCAUUUUUUGUUUUGCCAGAGAACAACUCGCCACCGAGAUGAUAUUCAUAGACGUGUAGAUUAUAACAUACAUAUAUUUUUAGUUCUCGAUAACAGUAUAUCCUUAAAUCCAUUUACUAUGAAUACACAAACAAAGCAAAACGAAACAAAAAAGAAACUCCAGUUCCCUGUGCUUGUUAUAAGAAAAGUAAACUAAUACAAAUAAACUUUUAGAAAAGUGAUAAUUUGUUUUUAGUGUGUAUUCGCAACGUUACGAGUAAGUUCUGAAAGUGGCAUUAUCUCACGCAUACAAACAAAACAAUAUAUACGUUUUUUUUUAAGCUUUCCCAAAAACCUUCCCCUCCCUACCUGCCCCCC